CUGCAGCUAAACACAAAAGCAAAAGCUGACAGCGGUUCGGAUAAUGAGUUAUUAUGACUUUUCGAAUUCGAGGUAUUUUUUAGAAUAAUUUGACCAUUUAGAAGUGUUGAAACAAUUAUUAUUCGAUCGGUCAAGAUUCGGUGUAGUGUAUUGAAUUAGUUCAUGAUAAUUUGGACUUUAAGAUGUUAGUGAUUUCUCGUGAAUCGCGAGUCGUAUAAUGCGGUUGUGUUUCCUUUGCAGUUUUAAUCUUGUCGUAGAUCACAAAUACUUGAGAUAAAGAUUCUGUAUUAAUUUAUUUCUAGUGAUUAAUAAUCGUAGUAAUGUUCAUAAAUGCCAAUAUGUUGUUACCAAGCGUACUUUCAUUGUUCCUCGUUGUAACUGGAGUUACAUGUCAGAUUAAAAGUUUAGACGAAACUAACUGGGAUUCGAUACUGAAAGGAGAAUGGAUGCUUGAAUUUUACGCUCCGUGGUGUCCGGCAUGCAAAGCUUUGGAAACAACGUGGAAAGAAUUAUCGAAAUAUGGCGGUGAAUUGGGAAUCUCAGUUGGACAAGUAGAUGUGACUGUUUCGCCGGGUUUGAGCGGCAGAUUUAUGGUUACAGCUUUACCUACGAUAUUCCACGUUUCGAAUGGCGAAUUCAGACAAUAUCGCGGAUCUAGGGAUAUAGAAUCGUUCUUACAAUUCGUGAAAGAGAAAAAAUGGAAAGAUUUACAAGCAGUGCCGUCAUGGAAAUCGCCAGCUUCUUAUCAAAUGACAGCAGUAGCUUAUUUCUUCAAGUUAUCUCAACUUUUAAGAAAUAUUCAUGCGAGGUUAAUGGAAGAUUAUGGAUUGCCUACUUGGGGAUCUUACUUGAUUUUUGCUAUUGCUACGAUAUUCUUCGGUGCCUUAUUAGGACUUAUCAUUGUAUUCUGUAUCGAUUUCUUCUACCCGCCUAAAAUACUUCACUAUGGUGCAGAAGGAAGUCCGUCUAGAAGGAAAGAUGAUGCUGAAGAAGAAGACGAUCUUGAAGACGAAAUCGUUGACGAGCAAAACGAAGAAAAUGCUAGUCCUCCGGUUCGCAAAAGAAGAACCACUCGUAAAGCUGACUGAUAGUGGUGAAGUUAUAGUUUUCUAAUUGCUAUUCGUAUUUUUAAUAUUGAGGUGAUUGCGAUGUAAAUUUUUUUACCAUUUUUUAAAACAAAUUUUCAACUUUUUUUAUUUGUCAAUUAUUUUAAUUGUUUUAUGCAGUGACACCUUAAUUUAUACUUCAGUUUAAGUCAGCCUUCAGUUAUUUUUGAUUUCUUAUUCGAUUAACACGCGUUAUUUUGAUAAAAAUUUUCACCUUACAUCACAAAAAUUGUUUAUGCUUUUUCCAUUAUUUGUAUUUUAUUUAUUUAUUUAUUUAUUAGUUUACGUGAUCUUAAUUUUGAUGAAGUGCGUUUAUUUAAGGAUAUGGUUCUUUUUAUUUUGAAUAAUUGAAAUGACAGGUACAAUUUUUAUCGAGCAGCUCAACAUAAUUUUCACGAUAUUGUUCUAGUAGAACUUUUAAUGCUGUUGAGUGCGUGCAGAGAGUUUCUUUUCUCUUCCAGUAAGAAUAUUUUUAUGUUUUCUCGUGUGUUAUUAUUGCUAUUUGCUAUUGCAAAUUGAGAAUAGAUUUUUCAAAUUUAAUUUAUUCACCAUUAGAAAAGUGUAGUUUAUUUUUUAAUCUCUAAUGCAUUUAAUUUGAAUAGUAAUUGUAUAUUUGAGAAGCGCUCAAAAAAAGGCCUUUAUAUAGAUUUGUUAUGUUAUGUUAUUAUAUGAUGGUUUUUUUAAUUCUUAUUUAAAACGUAAAUGCUCACUAUGAUUAAUCUGUUUGAUAGUAAUGAUUGUAUGUUUGUGAAUUUGUGUGUUAAAAUAAUGUACUCUAUUUUAACAUGUAAAUAAACGAUCUGCGCAUA